AUGCAACUUAAUGGAUGGUGGACAUGCACUUAUGGUGCAAAUAACGAGAGAGCUGUUACUGAAGUCACUCUUCAAGACGUUCCGUCGAAUUCGAUCAAUGGAACAGAAGAGAGAAUAGAAGAAAUCCUACGCCGUUGCAGGAAGUGCUCAAUUGACGAAUGCUGUGAAGGAACAGGUGUGAAGCUUUUAAUUUUAUUCAGUUUAAGUGUCAUAUUAGUGGUUAUACCAGUAAUUGUUGGACUUGCACAAGGAGAUGAAUGUACAGAACACAACGAGAGAGAGAGAGAGAGAGAGAGAGAGAGAAACAGAGAAAGACAAACAGAGAGAAACAGAGAGAAAGACAGACAGACAGAAAUAGAGAGACAGAGACACAGAGAGAGAAACGGAGAAAGGGAAACAGAGAGAAACAGAAAGGGAAGACAGACAGACAGAAAGAGAGAGAGAAAUAAAGAGAGAGCGCGCGAUUCUCAGGCUCACAACCUUUGA